UGCAGAAAAGUAAAACUUGAUGCAAUUUGCACACAAAUUAUCUAUUCACACAGAGAGAAACAAAUAUUACUUAUUGAAUAAUUCAAUUACUGCAGGUUUGCAAAAAGUCUAGUUUCUGUAUAUCCCAAAGUGUUUGAAUAUAGAAUUUCACCCUUCACACCACACCAUUUUCUCUUGAACUUUGUGUUAAUGCAUUAACUACAGUAAAACAUUCCAUUAAUCAUUGAUCAUUUUAAUCUUUUGACAGUAGAUCUAUAAGUAAUGGACUUUUUAAAUAGACCAAGUAAAACUGCAACUGUAUGUCAGAGAAUAUUGAUUUUGGACCUGGUGUAUUUUAUUCUGUGAUUUAAUUAACUUGAACGGUGCAUUGCUAACAUGGAUUCUAGAAGAUUUUAGCAGGCUUUUCUUCUGGGCAGACACACAGAUAGCAGAAGAAGUGAGAGGGGGUGGUGAAGUAUUGCACAGGGAGCUGUUUGAAAAAAAAAAUGAGAGGGGUGGGUGGAAUGGAAAGUGGCACAAUCCCAUGAAAUGGAUGCGGAUGAGCCGAGCUGUCCUUGUCUGUAUUGCCUCUGCCAGGAUCUGCCAUUGGUUCUGAAUUUGUGGUCAUUUUCUGAGAAAAUGUUAAGAAGCAUUGUUCUUUAGUGCUGUUAUUCUGUACUGUAUAGCAUUAUAGCUUGUCUAAUGGCCCAUAGAUAGAGUCCAAAUGAAUUCACUUUACUCUUGUGCAUCUAAAACAAUUGGAGCUGUCCAAAGAGACGCAGCUAUUGCACCAUUCAGAAGCACAUAAGGUCAAGCUCAGAUAGGACGUAAGUCGCUUUAACAGCUCGAGGCAUAUAGUUAGGGUAGUUUUUAUCUAAACUCAGUUUGCCAGAGGCUAAUGACAGUAUGACAGCAGACCCACUUACUUUCGAACAAUGUAAUUUGAACAUCAAGAGGACUUAAUUUUCCUAACAUUUUAUUUGUUAAUAAGCGGAGCUGUUAAAAAAUUCUGCCCAUGAAAAUCCGAAGUCAGCAAAAGAAACCGUGCUGUGGUUUUUGCAUCAUUGUAACUAAUUGCAUUGCUCCAGAGACACUGUACAAAUGCCAGUGGAGAAAGCCAGUCCUGUUCACAAGUGUUGAAUAAACACGUUCUCACCGUAUCAUAAACACCUCACUGGGGUUCACAAUUAUCUCUAAACUUUACUGACAUGGCAAAAUGGUUAUCUGAUCACUGGCAUGUGUGUUUGAUCCCAGAGUAGCUGCAAAAAAAAAGAGAAGGGUUGGAGAUGUAAAGGGAGUGUGAGCUGAUAAAGACAUGGAGAAGGGAGGUCUGGUGAACAGUCCAGUCUUCUGUUGACAAGAAUGAUAGCUUUCAUUUGCAUGCUAAAGCUGCAGCUGCCCCCUCAAGAUGGAUGAGGGUCUCGACCUCAUCCCUCACUCCUUUUGCAGUAUUCCUGCACAAUAUAGAGAGACAAGAUUAUACCAAAAGGAUAAGCAUUUAUAUAGCACAUAAUGAACCCAAACUCUCCUUGUAAGGUGACCUCAUGGAACUGAGCCUGUUUGUCCUGAAAAUUAGCUCAGUAGACAGUAUAGCAUACAGCAGUGAUUCCGAUUUCAAACUCAGGUGGCGACCCAACACGGCAACAAAAUCAUACAAAAAAAACAUUGAAAUUUAUCCAUAUUUCUGUGUACUGAGCGCUUGGAUAACAUCUGUUUUCAUUUAAUUUCUAUAACGCUUUUCACAAUAGACAUUGUUUCAAAGCAGCAUUACAGAAAUUCAUAAUAUUAAUCUUUAUAAUACCUUAUUGCCUUAUAGUUCACAUUGAGCGGUUUGGAACUUCAUGAGCAAUAGUAUAGUUUACAUUUACUGAGAUUUGCUAUUAGUACAGUAUAUAUCACUUUAUGUGAGUAUGUGUAUGUGUAUGUUUGCAGUGAUAUUCAGGAUUAUGUUCUCAGUGGCCAUGAGUAGUUUUAUUCGUGGUAGUGUUAAAAACCACAUUUGUCCUACACAUGCAAUAUAUUCAGUUACUGUAUACUACAGGGCUGUUGAAUGCUUGAAUAUGAUUGGUUAACGAAAGUUCUAAGGUGUGCAAUUAUUUUCAGGGAAACGCACUGCUAAAGUUGUUCCAGGCAGGUCUUAUCACUUCGCCAAAUGAUUUCAGUUUACAGCCUACAACAGCAAAAGAACCGAAACCCACAAAGACAUUGACCAAGCAAAUAAAUAUAAACAAUAGGAUAAAAACCACAAAUUAUUUCCAUGUUUUUUUGUUUUAUUAUGUACAGAAAGCACAUACUCUCUUUCUCCCACUCUCUCUCCCACUCAAACGCACACACAUACAGUACAGAGACAGAAAGGUCUUGUCAGCGUUGCUCUGAUGAUUUCAUCAGUAAAAUAGUUUAGCAACUAAAAAGCUACAUGACAUUUCUCACUAGUGAGGUAAUAUCGGUGCUGUGUUUGAAGCAGUUAAACUUACAGUUUCGCUAUUAGUAGAGACACUGCUGUCGAACACUGUUGAGAGAUGCAGAGACUCAAUCAGGCUUAAUCUCUCUCUGAUAACUGCAUGAGGGGUCAUUUGCACUACACCAUUUUCAGCUAAAAAUGGAAAAUUUUUUGGUUUUUGCCAUUCAUUUACACAAGAAGAUGUAAAUGGUUUCAAAACAGGUUUCAAAGUGCUAGUUUAAAAAAAAAAAACGAUACAGUUAUUGUAUCUGUGUAGACUACAAAAAUGUGAAUUUGUGAAAACUGUGACGUCAUGUGCAUGAUUAUGUGUUCAAUCUAUAGGUGUAUAGUUUUUUUUUUUUUUUUUUUUUUUUUUUUUUACAAGUGACAUGGACAGCUACUGGUCUGGCAGCAUAAUACAUCUUUUUUAAUUGUUUUUGCAGAUCUGUGUUAAUGGGAUCAUUUUGACAACGUUUUUGUCUGUACAUGAAAAAAGUGAAGGAAAAACUACUCUAAAAUUCUGUUUUGGAAUUAGCAACGGAGGCAUGGGAUGAGAUGCUUAAGAAAUGAGUCCGACUCCUAUACACAAGAGCAUUUUAAGGACAAAAACCUAACAAAUGUCAACAUCUGAUCGAUGUCUUGUGGUGUGGCAACCGUAAGUAUGUAAGUGGAAUAAUUGACUCUUGUCCAUUGAAUUAUUGGAAAAUAAAGCUCACUCAAAGUAACUUCGCUUCGCAUCGUGGCUGCAUUACCGCUUCAGGUGUGCAUUAUUUUAUAAUAAUUCAAUGGCCCUUCGUCAAUUUUUCCUUACUUAAUGCCAUAUGUGUCUGCAAUGGAAAACAGACAUUUUAUGCACUAUAACAGAUGGUCACAUCCCAGAUUGCUGUAAUAGUUAGAAAAAACAAAGACGUCCUGUAGGUCAUCCCAUAGAGCAAGGUGCAAACAACGGCAGUUCCCGCAUAGAUCUAUUUUCUAAAUGUUUGUUAUAGAGCUUAUUAUGAACAAUUCAUCUGUGCAUAUGUUAACAUUGGUAAAAAAUGUUUUGAAUUCGUAAUUUUUCAUGAGAAUGUCAUAAUUGGAUCUUGUGGUGAAGCGACUUCUCUCUGGUGACGUUUGCAGGACUUCUCCAAUCAUUCAGUGAGUUUCAACCCACUCCUGCAAUCUGCAACGCCUACAUCUCAACAUCCAAUCAACAACGAUUAACCACCCUAUAUUUUUCUUUUUUGAAAAUCCACUCCAUAAUCCACAAUAUACUCGGAUGUACUUCACAAUGUGGAAGAAAAGAUUUGUUGUUGUUACUUCAGUAAGGGCUCUAUUUUGUACCUGUGUUAGUGCAGAGCUAGACACUACAGGCAUGCUCUACGUCUUAUUCACUUUUUGUGGGGGUAUUCAACGAAACUUGCAUGAGAGGUUCAAGUUAAUGUGAUGACAGUCAGUUAUGCCUAAACUGAGAGUGUACUUGCACAAAAAUGAAAAAAACGUUACCCUUGCCCAAUGACUUUACAAAUAGAACGUACCGGGUUAGACAGCAAAGAGGAUGUAGUUUUAAGUUAUUGAGAUAUAUAUUUCAUUCAGUACCCUAUUGCUAAAGUGUGUUUAUUGUUUUGCAGCACUUCUUACAACCAGACCACCAAAAGUCUUGUUCCCAUCAGAGAGACAGGCCACAGCUAUAGACGUCCAACUCGGCAUGCGUCUCAUCUUAGACUGCAAGGCUUUUUUCGGCUACAGCGGUGAUUCUAGGCCCAUCAUCUACUGGAUGAAGGGGGAUAAAUUUGUAGAGGAGUUGGAAGGACACAUAAGAGAGAGUGAAGUCAGGGUGGUGCGAGAGUUUCUGGGGGAGAAGGAGGUGGAGCUCUCUCUGAUUUUUGAUGCUGUGGAUGAGAUGGACAUGGGCAACUACACCUGUAAUGUGGAGAACCACAUUGGCCGUGGCAGUGGAAGUGCCAUCCUGCAGAAGAGAGACAUGUACAGGUUGGAGUUGGUUGGUGGUCUGGGUGCCAUCAUGCUGUUAUUGGGGAUCUUCACAGCCAUCUAUAAGUGCUAUAAUGUGGAGAUCAUGCUGUGCUACCGCCGACACUUCGGCAGCGAUGAGGCAGAUGAUGACACCAAGGAAUAUGACGCCUACCUCUCUUACACCAAAGUGGACUUGGAAUCAGUGGAGCGAGAGAUGAGCGAGGAGGAACUGUUUGCUCUGGAGAUCUUACCUGACGUUCUGGAGAAACAUUACGGAUAUAAACUCUUCAUUCCACACCGGGACCUCAUACCCAGCAGCACAUACAUUGAGGAUCUGGCCCGGAGUGUGGAGCAGAGCAGGCGUCUUAUUAUCGUCUUGACCCCCGAGUUUGUGGCCCGUCGUGGGUGGAGCAUUUUCCAGUUUGAGCCGCGGCUGCACAGCAUGUUGGUGACGGGUGAAAUCAAGGUGAUUAUGAUUGAAUGCUCGGACCUCCGCAACGUCAUCAACUACCAGGAAGUAGAAGACCUCAAACACACCAUCCGAGUGCUGUCGCUCAUUAAGUGGCACGGCCCCAAAAGCAACCAGCUGAAAUCCAAGUUCUGGAAGCAGGUCCGGUACGAGAUGCCAGCUAAGAAAAAAGAGAUCGUGUCCCGCCGGCAAGUCAUGGACUCGGGCGAGCAAGGGCUCUUUAGCGACCUGCAGGCCGUACCUACGGUUGCCAUGACUGCGACCUCGGCAUCACUAGCACCGGCUCAUGUUGAAAUACCAGACUAUAAUGAGCCCAGCCACCUGGAAAUGCGCCAUUUCUGCCGCAACUAUGAAUACGAGCUGCCCACCACUGCUAUAGCUACGCUCAGCGGCCGUCACAUGUACUGCAAUUUGCCCAUGCCACUGCUGAAUGGACGUCUGACACAAAAUAACAUCGAGAAACCCAAGAAAGAUAUUCACUUGAACAGCCCAUUUGUACAGCUGUCUGGACAAGAACUUUCCAGUGAUAUCUGGUAGAGCACCUCGCAGCAAUCGCCCAGCGGGCCCGAGACAUAGCUUUGUCUAUAUCAUUUUUUCGUCCCUUUUAUCUGCAUGAUUUCAUCUAGUUAAGAUUAAAGAGAAAAAAAAAAGCAAAAGAAACAGAAUGGUUUAUCUUGCUUUCUUCCAACCUUUAGUGUUUCCAUACUUUGUUCAGACAGAUGAAGAGCUACUGAUAUUGUUUUCCUACUUGAAUUUUAAGGUUAUUAUACCAUGUACAGUUAUUCCAUGAAACACUGCAUCUGCAUCUGCAUCUUCAAGUGAACCAAAAUUAAAGGUUUUAUUUGACUUUAUCACUUUGGUUGUUAUAGCACAAUAAUGUAAAGACACAUCAGCUCAUAGCUUUAAAGAAUAUUACAUUCUAUUUAUGCAAAUAAAUACUAUUCAAAUCUAAUAAGCACAUUAAUAUUGUUUGUAGCUAGUAAGGAGGAGGUAUUUACAUGUUUGAUACAGCUUUGUUUUUCCUUGAUCAGAAUUCUGUUUUGAUUGUUUUUCAUACAUUAUAGAUAGAUAGAUACAUCUUGUUUAUAUAGUGUAUCUGUACUAUAAAUUAAGCAUUUCAGUGCUGUUAAUGAUCUAACAGUUUUUAUUUUUAAAUUUUAUUAACAUUGAUUGAUGUUCAUUAUCAAUUUAUUGAAUUUAUAUGCAAUUUUGCCCUCUUACAUGUUUAAAGACAUUGAUGAUAACUAAAAUCAGUUAUUUCAUUUUGUAUACUCACGACUUGUAUGCCAUUUUACUUUUCAGAUACAUGUGGAAUAGUACAAAUAUCCGAGCUGUUAUUUAACAAAUAUUCACAAACCUAGCAGCUUGUCUGAUUCACAUGUUUUUAGUUUUGAAGUAGCUUAAAUUAUUUGUAAUAUACCUUGCAAAAAUAAUUGUUAUCAGACCACCAAAAUAAAUAAAUAUGAGUAAUAAAA